AUGCGCAUCAGUGUCUUCAUCCGUGAAUGGGUUCAGCAGCUGAUGUGCUGUCUGGAGGUGAGCCUGGUGGAGAUGGGCCACUGGGCUUGGGCUGGACAGUGGCACCACGUGGCCCUCAGACCCCUUGUGAACCCCAAGAUCAUCCAGCACCCAUCAGACCUUUGUGUCAAAAUUAAGAGCAACGGGCGGAGACCCAGGGGCGUGGACAGCAGAGCACAGAGAAGGUUCCAGGCCUGGACCUUGAUGCCCAGCGCAGGAAGCAGCAGAGAGACAGCGCGGCCGCAGGGGCUUCCGGAGUCCCCCGUGCAUGGCGUGGAGGGCCCGGAGCUGCUGCCGCUGGGCUGCGGGUCUUACAGCGCGGAGAUUGUGGGCCACGUCCUCCAGGAACCGCAAUGCCACCAUGGGAAGAGCGGCCUGGACGGCCAUCAAGGCCCCGACCCUAACGCCAGGCUGCACCGUGGAGCAAACGUGUAG